AUGAUUCACAUCACUCUGCCAAGGAACAAAGCCGAGACGCGGCAGGUUGCUGUGCUCCACGAAGGAACCACAUCUAAACUGAAGGAAAUACAUUGUUCAGAAAAUUGGGAAGAUCCCCUUUUAAGAGUUGAUUUCCUUCUGAAAGUGGGUGGCUGUGGAAAAAUGAAGCUGAGUCUUGCAAUAUUUCUGUCUUUCAUUUUACAGACUGGGAUUUGCUCUGGAAUAAAAUGGCUAGCUUUGUCCAAGACUCCCUCCGUGCUUGCUCUGAAUCAGACCCAGCACUGCAAGCAGCUAGAAGGCCUGGUCGUGUCCCAAGUGCAGCUGUGCCGCAGCAACCUGGAGCUCAUGCAAACCAUCAUCCAGGCCGCCCGGGAAGUGAUAAAGACGUGCCGCAGAACUUUCGCCGACAUGCGGUGGAACUGCUCCUCCAUUGAGCUGGCACCCAACUACCUGCUGGAUUUGGAGAGAGGUACAAGGGAGUCAGCAUUUGUGUAUGCCCUCUCUGCUGCAGCCAUCAGCCACACCAUCGCCAGGGCCUGCACCACCGGGGACCUCCCUGGCUGCUCCUGCGGUCCCAUCCCAGGUGAGACACCUGGACCUGGGUAUCGAUGGGGAGGAUGUGCUGACAACCUCAACUAUGGUCUUGUCAUGGGGUCCAAAUUUUCAGAUGCUCCCAUGAAGAUGAAAAAAUCAGGAUCACAAGCCCAUAAGCUGAUGCAUCUGCACAACAGUGAAGUAGGGAGACAGGCCCUGAAAGCCUCUCUUGAAAUGAAAUGUAAGUGUCAUGGAGUUUCUGGUUCCUGUUCUAUCAAGACCUGCUGGAAGGGUCUUCAAGAACUGAGAGACAUCGCACAGGACCUCAAAAACAAGUACUUGUCAGCCACAAAGGUGGUACACCGACCCAUGGGCACACGCAAGCAAUUAGUACCAAAGGAUAUUGACAUCAGGCCAGUUAAAGAGACAGAGCUGAUUUACCUGCAGAGCUCGCCUGACUUCUGCAUGAAGAAUGAAAAAGUGGGAUCACACGGGACACAAGACAGGCAAUGCAACAAAACCUCCAACGGCAGCGACAGCUGCGACCUGAUGUGCUGUGGCCGAGGCUACAACCCGUACAUGGACAAAGUGGUGGAGCGGUGCCACUGCAAAUACCACUGGUGCUGCUACGUGACCUGUAAAAAAUGCGAGAGGACUGUUGAAAGAUACGUGUGCAAAUGA